UUAUGUAUGUGGAGUCUUCACAACGAUCGAGCAGACGACAACCGGAAAGAAGACCACACGUGUGUGUGUGUACAAUUCAUGAGGAUUGGAGCAAGUGCACUCUAUUUAAAGUCUCUGGCUGGAACAAGUAGCCGAUCAGAAAGCUCGGAUAAGGUCCCGAACAUCGUUUUAGGGAAAAAUAAAUUCGCGUCCUGGGCAGGCAAACCAUGGACGUGGACAAACGUAGCGCGAAUGAAACUUGGUAGUCACGUGACUAAAAUGGUGGUGCUCCUAUAUGUUGAUCCAGAUGUACAUACUCGUGGAUUUAUUAAAGACCUGGAAAAUAAAUGUCUGCACCAUCGGCGUAAGGACUUCUAAAGGCAGCAGGGAAAAUAUAACGGCGUAGUGAGGAAUUACAAGGACAGGAGGGCAAUUAAAUAGCUCCUAUAAGGCUUCACGUUGAAAAAUCUAGAUGCAAGGACUUGGAAGGCACGAUCUUGUAAAAGUCACACAGAUUCAGUCAGAGGUGGUUUGAGUCUAAUACCGUUGAGGUCUUUAAGUCAAAGUUUGACAGGAAGAUCACAAAGAAAGACAACAAACAUAGAAAAACGUACAGUUGAAGAUUUAGGAUAGUGCAUUGUAUACCAGGAGUGUCAAAAACGUUGCAGAUAAUGCCACUUUAAUUUUGCCCUAUGAGGAUCACAAGGAGUUAAUACAAAUACUUUUAAUAAUAGCGAUGAAGAAAUAAAAGCUGUCUUUUUAGAGGACACAUGUCAUUCAUAUUUGGAAAGACUAUUAGAUUCAGUGAAAGAAAAACUGCAGAUGAAUGCUGACAACAGUUUACUAUUCAAAGAGUACAACAGUAACUGUAGUCAGAGGUAUGACAGUGGGAUAAGUUCAAUAAGUGAAGUCACAAAUCAUCUUUAACAAAUAUAUUACACAUGAGGUUUGUUGCACAUUCCCUGUUGUCACCAGAAGACCAAAAAAGUAAACACAGCUAGCUCACUGUCAUAACCUAAAAACAAUCUCACUAUCUUGAAGAUUCCAGUCUCAAACUACAGACUGUGAAAGGGAACAUGGCUCACAAGGGAAACUACUCAGAAAUAACCAAGUCAUGUGUUGGCAGAUUUCAUAUGUGCAAUUCAGAUAAUUCACCUGAUAGCUCCAAGUCUUUCAGUGAUAAGUAUGAACUGUCCAAGCUUAAAAUAAAUCCUCACCACAAAGAGGAUCCAUGUUAUGAAGAGGUCAUUUUCCAAAAUAGGUUGCCUGUGGUUAAAGACUUUCCCUUUGGAAAAUGUUCUGGAUUUAUUCCAGGAGAACAUCAGCCAAAUUUAUUUGGCAGUGCAGAUAAAGAUAAACUUCAGGGUAUUGUGCUGGAGAACUCUAAUGACAGAUUAUCUGAAAUGGGGAGUCAUCUGAAGCAUUCAGUUGGAGAAAGUAGUGCGUCCAUUGGGAGUACAGACACCAGUACAGAGAAUCAGAAGACCAUUGUGGCUUCUCCACUAACAGAAUUUCUCAUGAAAAAUGGGGCAAAAAGGAACAAUGGGCAAUGGGACAGCAAUCCAUGUAGACCUAGGAGACAAUCAUUUUCCAAAAUUCCUGUAAAGACACACACAUUUUCCAACAGCUUAAAGCUCUCUGAAUGUGGAGAUGUUAAAAUUCUGAGUCGAAGCAUUCAAAAGCAUUCAGACAUUUUACGAAAGCAUGAUAAAUGUGAUGAGUUUAUUGAACCAUGUCAAACCAGCUCAUCGUCUAGUAGUUUGUGUAUUCCAGGUGACACUACAGACAAAGGAUGCUCUGGUGGUUUUUCCAGUUUUACUCCAGAGCAUAAACCAAGCAGUGAUGUUCUACAUGUGGUUAAGGGAAAAUGUCAAACAAGCCCAGAAUUUCACCGGCCUGUAGCACAUAAUAUUGACAACAAUUUAGCAGGUGCUUUAGGAACUGUUUCUGUCAACAGUUUUCAAAAAGAAGUUACAGAAAGGACGAGUUUUGGAGGAAGUACUAUUUUUCCAUGCACUGGAAGUAUUGAUAGUGUGCAAGAUAAAGGUGUGACUACGAAUAAUGUCCUAAAAUCAGCAAUCAAACCAGUAAGAUUUUUGCCUGUACAAACAGUCCAAAAAGUCACUGUUAACCAACGAAAUAAGGAGAACAAAGUGUCUUCAAGUGAUAAUCAGCCUGGCAUUCGUAGACAUUUCAGUACCUCAAAGUAUCCAGGGUUGACUGCAGCUGACCUGGAAGAUUUAAGGAGAAGAGGGUUCAAGCACACAGCACAGCCUUCUAGACAGCCACUUAUCUCCCAGGUCAACAACUCUUUGGAUUGUGUUUCUGAUGCAACUUUGUCAAAGGAACAGGUGGAAGAAGAAGCUAGGGCAGCUGUGACACGACUUCACACCAUCUUUAAUGGUGAGAAGCAGCACAAGCUGGCUAACGGCGCUUCAUCACCAGUUAUCCUUACACACUAUCCACCACCAAAGGAGCCUUCACGAAUCACUUGGAACAACACUCUAGCUGAAAUACCAGACAGCAUGUACUCACCUAAUGCAUUUCCCACCUGUCCUCGUUCCAUUCUGCAGAAGAGAGAAGAUGACAAACCAUUUCCGUUCAGGGAUGAUUCACCAUCACCCAUUGUUGUAACACGCAAACGACAUUUAAGUUGUCUUCAUCAUUCCCCAGAGAACAGAUGUCUUGACCUUACAAGUGACAGACUUCUAUGAAAACCUUAUGUACCAUAUGCAUUUAGUUUUUUUAUGGUAAGGAACACGACUUUUAAAACUCAAGGACAGUAGAUCUGUUUUCACCUUAAAACCCACAUAUAUGUUGUCUUUGUAUUAGGUAACAAUUGAUUGUAAAGUCUUGUGGGACUUUGCUCUACUGAUUUCAGACUAGCAGCUAGGCAAAGGUCCUGAUGGGUUUUGCAAAAUUUAGGAAAUUUAGCACAUAGGAAAUGUUUCUUGAUAGUUCAUUUUAAAUGUAUUUUGUGCAACAUGGACAAAUAGAUCAAAAUUUUUGAUAUAUGCAAUUCAGUAUUCAGAGAUAAUUGAGUCUGUUUCUUUUGAGAGGCUACAGUUUGUGGCAUUUGAACUCUACAGUUCUGGUAGCUUAUAAAGUGAUGGAAACUUUUGAGAGUUUGUUUUUUGAAUCUAUCCACCUUUUUCCCCAAAACAUUUGAUUGUCAGUGUAUGAUCUGCUUCUGAGAAUUAUCAGAUCAUUUAGUGUUCAUGUCAGAUCAUUGUUACUUAAAUGGCAGAUUUAUUGUUCAGUACUACAGUAUUGUUCAGGUACUAUUGUAGUGGAUCAUAAGCCAAGUUGUUCAUUUGAAUUUGUGUGUUCACAGAAUUCUUUUUAGUUAUCUUGUGGCUUUCAUAUUAAAAUAAGUUCACAGUAAAACUCUGGUUGCAAGUCAAGCAGGAAGAUGAACUUAGAGCAUAGCUUCAAAAUUUAAUUUGCCUGGCUGGUUUUUAAGAGAAAAGGAUAGGUUUUUAUAAAGUUAAAGUACUCCAAGGACAUGCAUCCAAACAGGUAAAUAUGUGGUUUAAGAAUGAUGCAAAACAAAAUCAAAUUUUGUGUUGUUGCACUUGUUUUAAAAACACGACUACUAUUAAAAAAAAGCCAAAGAAUUAAAAGAGUUUUUUUAAAUAAUUUUUGUUAUGUUUAUGAUGUAAAACUACAACUCUCAGGUAAUAAAAGCAAAGAUAUCCUUUUA